AUGGAAGAGUGAAGUGGGCAUCUGAAACACAAAUCAUAAUUUUGUAGAUAAAAGAACAGUGAACACACUUCAAUUCAUUCACCAAAGUAUCACCUGACAGAAUCAUUUCCAGUUUUCCAUUUUUCAUUUUCUUCCAAAACAAAAACCCCAUUGUUGCAAACUGGAAUUUUGUGGAAACUGAGUCUCUCCCUUUUCUUUUUCUCUUCUUUUGGCUCUGGAAUUUGAAACACGAAAAAGAAAAAAACAGGAUGAGUACUGAAGCAACUAAGAGAAGCACCACCGGAGCUCUGACGGUGAAACAACGGAAAACCGAUGAAUUGAAGCCUUCUCCGGCGCUUACUGCAGAACCCAAGAAAGUUAUCAUCAAAAGCGCCGACAUGAAAGACGAAAUGCAAAAAGAGGCCGUCAAUAUAGCCAUUUCCGCUUUCGAGAAGAACAAUGUAGAGAAAGAUGUAGCAGAGUACAUUAAGAAAGAAUUCGACAAGAAACAUGGACCUACUUGGCAUUGCAUUGUUGGUCGCAAUUUUGGUUCGUACGUAACCCACGAGACGAACCACUUUGUUUAUUUCUAUUUGGAUCAGAAAGCAGUUUUGCUCUUCAAAUCUGGUUAAUCAUGGAGAGAUGAGAGGCUUCCACUUAAGCUAGCAAACUGUAUGUCCUAGUCCAAGCAUAUGCUUGUAUGUCCUAAAACUCAUCUGCCUGACUUGUAUAAAUAAUUUUAUCAAUCACACACCCGAGUUGAUAUUUUAAGAAA